UGGCUUGCUUUUUCGGCUCCAAGGUGACGACUACAGCGGACUUCGACGCCAAAAUGCCGCUGGCGCCGGGCGCCGAGCCGUCCUGGGCGGUACGCCUGGCCUUCUACAGUUGCAUCCCGGGCGGACUCGAAGCAGCCCUCGACACCAAGAUCGCAGAAGAGUACAAAAGCGCGCUCAAUCAACCAUGGACAGCCGAUGAAGCCGCGGGCAUUCGAGUGCCAUACGGCCUGCGGAAAUCGGCGCUCGAGAUCUUGGCUCCUGCAACAACACUGGCUACGCUGGACGCCGACUACCUAAGCCUCCUGCACAAAGCUGCAGUCUUGAACCUCGUACGAACGGAAGAAGAGCUGAGUGGGUUGAAUCAGGAAGCAACUAUUAAAAAUGUGCCGGCUGACAACGCUGACUUGAAGGCAAUCGAGGCCAGCAUCCCGAAGCGGAAGGCGCAGCUCCUGGUAUGGGUCAGCUACUCACCGCCGCAUACUUGAGUGCCCCAGCACAAAGAUGCCUAACUUCGUGGUGCCAGCUAUCCCCAAUAUGGAGCCACCUCUAAAUAAAUUGGUU